AUGGAAAGAGAAUCUGAUGACUAUUAUAAAACAUCACUUCUAACUGAAGAUGGAAUAUUAUUUAUCAGUAGAACAAAUGAUAUUUAUGUGUAUCAAAUUAACUCUGAACAACCAUCUUCUUCAAAAUUUAUUAAAAAGCUAGAAAAAGAAGGAAGUUCACCCCAUAUAGAUGAUGUAGAUCUUAUUGAAAUGACUAAUACUAAUAAGUUAAUUACUGUGUCUUGUGAUGGAAUUGUUGCAGUUUGGGAAUCUUCUCAUUUUAACUUACUUCAAGUUAUGGGAUUACAAGUUCAAUCUACUGAACAAAAAAAACCUUUAUUUAAUAUUAAUUCUUUAUUAUCAUUCCCAAGGGAUAAUACAGUGACAUACUAUUUUGCUUAUGGUGGAUGGAUUGUUCAAAUGGAAGAAAAGAAUGAUCAAAUCAUUGAUGUAUCACCUAAAAGAAUAGAUGAUGCAUUUGCUUUACCUUAUGGAAGAUAUAAUGUUGAAGUUACACAACUAAUCAAUGUUGUUGGAUCUACUAUUCUCGCUAUUACAGCAGAAAGUGGCACAAUUUAUGUUCUUGAAAACGUUAAAGAAAAAAAACGUGACGUUCUUAAAUUCGUAGAAAGUAGAAAAUUAAACAGUAAAAUCACUGCUGUUCAUAUGCUUGAUGAUGAAGAUGGAUCAUUUAUUAUAACAACUAAUGAUGGGACUGUAUUAAUGUUGAAAGAUUCAAUGAAGGAAAUGAAAAGAAGACAAGCAUUAUUUAUGAAUGAAAUGCAAGGGUUCUAA